GCUCACGCAUCGACGUCACGGGUCGUGCUCGGUGAUUGGCUGCGUGCCGCGCUCCUACGUGGCCGCGCGGCGGAGUCUCGCCGCCGCGCGCGUGCCCGGCUGAACGGUCUGUGAGCGGACAUUUUAGGAUCGGGGAGGAAAGGCGGGCGGGCGGACCGACCCGAGUGACGGGUAGGCAGGCGGGAAGGAGGAGAGCGCGGAGGGCCGAGUGCUGUCAUGAGGUCAUGCUGUGAGUGCCCAGCUCGGUAAUGGCAAAUUUGAUCGAGGAUGAGAACAUGAAACCAGGGAAACAAAUCUGGGAUGUGGUUUCUCAGUUAAGUGAAGGGAGUGGCAGUCUGAGAGACUGUGAAGGUGUUAUGGAAGGCAGCGAAAUGCUGACAACCACACCACCCAUAAUACAGUUCCAACCACAUGACAGCAACAAAAGUGACAAGCAGCAGUUGGAUGGAGUUGGAAUCACGAAUGGAGGUAGUGGGCAGCAGGAGUCCUUUUCCCAGGCAGCUACUGACUUGUCAGAGUUGGAACAGAGCCUUGCUGCUUUGAAUGAGUUGCAGGAGGUAGGGAAUAGAUCAAAGAGUGACACGGAUAUUGGGCUGUACCCAAGUGGCUGUGAAGAGGAUCUCCUGGGUGGGCUCGAUGAUGCUGGCUCGGUAGAUUUUCUUCCUGAUCUUGAGUUCUUCCCAUCUCCAAGAGGGGAAAAGCAACAGGGCAGUCCUUGGAGUCUGACUGCCUUUUGUGGAGAUGAUGAUUCUGGUUUGCUGUCACCUCUGUCCUCUGAACCUGCCCUACUUAAGGAUCGUCUGGUGGAUUUGCAGCCAAUUGAAGAAUGUACUGCUUCUUGGCCAACUCCAGAAAGUAGGUGUACUGAGAGAAAGGAGGAUAUCUGGGCUCCUAUGCCAGUCCCAACCACUGCCCCCAUGGAGGUGAAACAGGAGCAAGAGAGCUACAUUGAAUUAGUUACUCCUGGUGUUAUUAAACAGGAGCAAGUCAGCAGGGGUUAUUGCAGAGCUGCCAGUGAGGCAGCAGGAGCCAAUGGUCCAGCCAAGGAACCCAUUUACCUGUUCAGUACAGAAUCAGCGCAAACCAGUAGCAAUCAGAAACCCAUCUUCAGCUUUGUUCCAUCUUUCACAGCAGUUGCUCAAGCUUGGGAAGUGUGCCAGCAUCCCAAUGCAAAUUUGUCCAACAGUCGCAUGAGGAACAUCUGCACUGGGGCAGAUGCUUUACCAGCCAAGUACAAUAGCACUACUCUGAAAUCUGACGGAAGCUCAUCAUCCUCUACUGCCACCUCGGGGCCACCUGCCAAAGUCUGUCUGGUUUGCUCAGAUGAAGCAUCUGGAUGUCAUUACGGUGUUCUUACAUGUGGCAGUUGCAAAGUUUUCUUUAAGAGAGCUGUAGAAGGACAGCAUAACUACCUCUGUGCUGGAAGGAAUGAUUGCAUCAUUGAUAAGAUUCGUCGAAAGAACUGCCCAGCUUGUCGUUUUAGAAAGUGCCUCCAGGCUGGAAUGAAUCUCGACGCUCGAAAGACAAAGAAAUUGAACAAGAUGAAGGCGCCACAUACCACCACUUCAGAAACUGCAGCAAAAGCAGCACCACAGGAUUCCUCUUUAGUUUGUUCUGCAAUGCCUACCCUGACUCCUCCGAUGGUUUCAGUCCUUGAGAUGAUUGAGCCAGAUCUCUUGUAUGCAGGAUAUGAUAGCUCCCUGCCUGACACACCCAACCGACUCCUAUCAGGACUGAAUAACUUGGGUGGACUACAGAUGGUCUCAGUUGUGAAAUGGGCAAAGUGUCUACCAGGGUUCAGAUCUUUGCACCUGGAUGAUCAAAUGAUGUUACUGCAGUAUUCCUGGAUGUCUUUAAUGGUUUUCAGUCUUGGUUGGCGAUCUUAUCAACAUGUCAAUAGCAAUAUGCUCUUCUUCGCUCCAGACCUAAUCUUCAAUGAGGAACGGAUGCAGCAAUCUUCGAUGUACAACUUAUGUAAAGGAAUGAGAAACAUUGCGUUGGAUUUCAGAAAUCUUAAGGUUGCCUAUGAAGAAUAUCUAUGCAUGAAGGCAUUAUUGCUUCUUGGUACAAUACCAGUAGAUGGUUUAAAGAGCCAGGCAAUGUUUGAUGAAAUUCGAACCUCCUAUAUUAAGGAGCUAGGGAAAGCCAUAGUGAAGAAAGAGGGAAGCUCGAGUCAAAACUGGCACCGAUUUUAUCAGCUGACCAAACUUUUGGAUUCAAUGCAUGAUUUGGUUGAAGGAUUGUUGCAGUUUUGUUUCUACACCUUUGUGGAAUCAAAGACUCUGAGUGUGGAGUUCCCUGAAAUGUUGGUGGAAAUCAUUAGCAAUCAGUUACCAAAAGUCAUGGCAGGUAUGGCCAAACAGCUCCGGUUUCACCACAAGUGACAGCCUUAAAUGGAAAAAAAUGCCUUAAAGUUAUCCUCCAUAGCUUUUCUUUUCGCAAAGUGAUCGGGAAUUUGGAAAUGUUUGUCCUGCAAACGCUUGCCAUUAUGUCAUAUGCACUACAUAUGGUUUACAGAGAGGAUCGGGCCUGGGCUGAAGCGAAAAGGAGAUGAAGUUUUACAGCCUAAGGACUGUACAUUGAAAAACAUAGGUGGCAGAAAAUCUGCAUGUAUUUUGUUUGUAAAUUUUAUUUUUGUGUUCUGUGAUACAGAUUUGAUUUUAUGCAUGCAUUCUAAUGAGACGUUUACAGUGUAUAUCAGAAAAGGGAAAAUUGUGCCUUUUUUUAAGCUUUUUAAGUCUAAUGUAGCCAAUUUGGACAGUUCAUUGUUAAUGCAGGAGAACUGCUAACUUGCUUAGUUUUUUUUCCUGUAUUGGUAUGUAUUUUUAUAUUAAGUGGAAUUUGAGCCGAUAAAGUUUUUCUUUAUAGCCAUCGUUGAAUUCUGUUGUACAAAUGAGCCUGCUCAGUGCUCUCAUGUAAAUAUGCAGAAACUGGUCAUUUUGAAAAAGACUGAUCAACUACAGAUGAAUAAACCAGUAUUUGAAUUUCUCAAAGAAACACACUGGUAUGUGAUCUAAGAGGACAAAUCUUGCACAUCAGGAAAGUGUGGAAAAAUGUACACAGCCCUCUGCAAGCCCAUGGCCUGGGUUAGAUUGAUUCAGCAACAUAAUGGUGACCACAUUUAAAGAUGCUACAAAAUUUCUGCCAAUUAUUUGCCCUUGGCAUCCAUGCCACAUUUUAUUAUUUACUUUAGUUCUGAUGCUUGUUGAUUCAUCAUUGCUGUUAAAUUUGUACCCAUGCUCCAUAAUGGAGCUAGCACAGUUUCUGUAAUAAGCACCUGGACCUUAUUUAGGAAAUUCCCCUCUCGGCUUUGACGGGGUUGAUGCAUUCCUUAAUGUAAGCAUAUUGUAAAUUUUUGACUGACAGAAGCUUAUUGUAGCAUAGGCAUAAUUCUGGUGAUAAAAGUUUAUAUUUUUUAACUCAUAAUCUAAUUACAAUCUACCUUUGUAUUCAAUACAUUUCUAGUUGAUUUGUCAGUCAUUAUCUAUGCUUCCCUCUGGUAUGCAGUUUGUAAUAUAUUGGACAGUAACAUCAUGGAAUGGAGAGAGAAUAGGAGUUUUGUUCAUGUUCACAGUUGUAGUGUUGAGGUGGUAAUUCAAGAUUUUCUGACUUAUUGUAGUUAAAUAUGUAUAAUUAAGAUAGAUCUGCUGAAAACAAGAAAGGCUGCCUUCAAAAAAGCAGGAAAUGAAAAUGCAGAAACACAUUAAAUUUAUUUCCAUUCCUUAUUUUCCAACCCCUCACCUACAGCCUGGGCCAUGAAAUUUACUCCAACCAUCACGGAUGGUGUCACACAGUUAGGUGUAACUUAAAUCGAAUAAUUUAAACAUCACUUUUUGCUUUCCUUCAAAAUUUGGCACUCCACUCUAAACAAGAGAUUUGGUCAAGAAUUAGUAGAGUAGAUAACAGAGCUGGGAAAUUAGAAUUAUAUCUGUCUUUACAUCUUUUUAAGAAAGAGCAAAGUCUUGCACCAUUUUUGUCACUGUUACAUCCACCAUAUUUUGUUGCAAUAACUGGUAUACAUAUAAACCCACUAAACCUUAUGUUGAUUUGCUUUGAGUCUCAUUAGCUAAUAACAUAUUUGUCAAGCAACAACAAGAAACCCAUGAUUUCAAGGUAUUUGUCUGAUGUAGUCUAAAAUAGUUUGGACAAUUGAUUGCAAAAGUGUUGGGAAGGCUGCAUUUCAGCUGCUUAGUUUCAUAAGAAAUCUGUACAGGUCGAUCUUCUAUAACGUGCAUUUUCUCAAAGCGAAUUUGCUGUAACGCAAUUGACAAGAGUGCAAUCUUCUAAAACAUCUGUUGGUUCUAAUAUGAUUACAUUGCCAACACUCUUAAGCGCUGUUUCUAAAGUGCUAUAACGUGGGGUUGCAUAAGAAUACAACCAUCGUGUUAUAGAAGAACUGACUGUAUUGAUUUUUAGCCAUAUGAGUUAAUUAGGUUAAAAUAUUGCUUCUGCUGUGUACCAUAACAUGUCCAAGAUUUUAAAUACACUGGUACUUUGGGGUAGUGUCUCAGUAAUGGAGUAAAAAUAAAUUUUACUCUUGGCACUUAUUCAGUGUAUUUAUUUUGAAGACAUUGAUUUCAGUCAUCUCCCCAAUUGAACUAAUUACCAGAAAUCCAUGAAAACAAAAUGCUUUGUUUUUAACUGCAAUAUUGAAAUUAUUACAAUUAUCAGAUCUCAACAUAGGAAAUUAAUGUAUACUGACAGCCUGAAUUUGUUUAGUUUCAGUUCACUCCGUUUGGGUGCAGGUAUUCUGCUAGUGUCAGCACGAAAGAAGGGACAGCAGGAAUGUUAAUUAUACCAAUGUGCUUUGAUAUUAAGAUAAAUGAACUGUAAGAAUUAUGUUUAUAGAGGUGAAUUCUACAGUUUGUUUUUGUAAUUUGAUUCAAAAUCAAGGCAGAGCAAUAGUUGCCAAGCUCCUUAAUUUGGCCACUAUUACUUAAAGUGCUACAAGUCAGCACAAUAUAUGUCAGGUAAAAAUUAACACGAACUGUGAAAUGUUUUUUUGACCUCACCAAAUGCAACUGCAAUUUUUGUUCCAAUAUACUGUCCUCUUUAGGAAAAUACAUAGUGUUGUUUAAAUUCAAUAUCUCUCAGUAAAUUUCAAGUUGCUCUCGCUCAUUUUUUUGAAUAAGGUAUAGUUUUCAAUGGAGCAUAUACAGUCUGGUUUAUUUUGCAAUAUGCUUUUACAAUGAAUGCUUGCAACUUGAAUAAGGUAACUUUGGAAUAUUUCCGUAAUUGUUAAAACAGAUCUUGCAGCCUGACUGUUUUUAUUUGAGUUUCAUACUUCCUUUGAGUACACAUGGCUAUUUUCCAUUUACUGUUAUUUCCCAAAAUAACUACAAUUAAUGUGGGAUUAUAAAUAACUAAAAAUUUUAAAGAGCUAAAAAAAUCUUGAAUCCGCUGCACAUAUAUGGGCCCCAGAUAUACACUUGGUUGAGUCACCUCGGAUUAUUUGCCUCAGAUUGGAAGACUUGUAUGUAUAAAUAUAGCAUUUCUUCUGUAUCUGAUAAUCCAAUUCUUCACCAGAAUUAUGGUCUCAAAUUGUAUUCACAAAGUUUAACUUUCAGGUAAUGCUACUUUUAAUAGUUGCUUCUUGAUCAGUCUUAUCUAAAGAAAGAGAUUUUUCAUAGUCAGAAAUCUGACUGGUACCUUACACCUGAUCUAAAGGCAACCUUUCAAAGAAAAAUUCAUAGUUUGAUUAUUU